AAACUCGACGCCAUCCGAUUAUACCGGUAUGACGGACAUUCGAUCGGAGCCGUGCUUCCGGUCGGCGCUGCUGUGGGGCAUCGCGACGGGCGCCGGCAUCGGCUUCCACCGCUUCCGCAUCACCAAGCAGAUCAAGACGGCCUGCGACUAUGCGCUCUACUCGUUUGUCGGCGUCGCCGGCGCGUCGUGGGUCGUGUGCCGCGCCGCGCAGGCUGAGAAGCUCAAGCAGCAGCAGCGCAUCCUCGACACGAUGAACCUCCCGGAAGAGAAGCGCCCGACGCAGUACUUUCGGUCCGAAGUCGUGCCCGAGGCCAAAGAGCAAUAACAAUAAUAGGCUCGCUCUUUUCCAACGCC